ACCGGUCGGGGCCUGAGGACUACAUUUCCCGGCAGCGCACAGCGGUUUUCCUUCAAUGUUGUGAAUAUGUAUCAGAAUGUUAAUGAUUUGCUGCUGCUAAAUUUGGUCAUAGAAGUCACCUACACAGAGCGUGUUGUUGGAGCUGCUGAGAGCGGUAGCCUGGUUUGUGUGGGAUUUUCUCCCCUCCUCCUCCUUCCUACCGUCAGUUCUUUUUCCUCUUUUUUACCCUCGACGUGUGAGUGAGUGCAUGUGUGGCGGCUUCACCGAAGGACAAGAAAGGGACACUUCCUGCCGUGGGAUUUAAGGGUUGGCUGGAAAGAACAGACGGGGCUACAACAACAACAACAACUGCACUACUACUACCACCACCAACAACAACAGCAGCACUACUACUACUACCAGCACAGAGCGGAGCGGCUCUCCGGGAGGAGAUUACUACACGACACCGGACGGACGGAGCGCCGCCUGCCUUGACAAAGUUGUGUCCGAGCCGUGCGCUUUGUGGUGUCACCUGUCAGUUGGAUAUACCCGAGUGUACAAGAUGAGAGCGGGGCCCUGACCCCCCAACCCCCCCUCCCCCCCUGGAAUGUGGAUCGCUUCGCUCGGGGGAUCUCACACACCCGCAGGCUGGCCAGCAGUAGCAUUAGCAUUGCUAUUAACAGUGGGACCCCGGGGGCAGCAGUGUCAUUAGCCGGAUCACACGCUCUGCCUCCCUCCCCCUCCUCCGCUCACAGGGGGAUCCCCCCCACCACCUCCUUCUUCUCCUCUCCGACAAUUAGUCAAUGAACCUUCCUGCUCCUGGGAGAGGCACCUAACCAACGGCUUGGAUGAUUCGAGACCUCAGCAAGAUGUAUCCCCAGUCCAGGCACCCGGCUCCGCAUCAGCCAGCUCAACCCUUCAAAUUCACCAUAUCCGAAUCGUGUGAUCGGAUUAAGGAGGAGUUUCAGUUUUUACAGGCUCAGUACCACAGCUUGAAACUGGAAUGUGAGAAAUUGGCCAGCGAGAAGACGGAGAUGCAGCGGCAUUAUGUCAUGUACUAUGAGAUGUCAUAUGGGCUGAAUAUUGAAAUGCACAAACAGGCAGAAAUUGUCAAGAGACUGAAUGCUAUCUGUGCACAAGUCAUUCCCUUUUUGUCCCAAGAGCACCAACAGCAAGUAGUACAGGCUGUAGAACGUGCCAAACAAGUGACCAUGGCAGAGCUGAAUGCAAUUAUUGGGCAGCAACAACUCCAGGCUCAGCAUUUGUCUCAUGGACAUGGACUCCCGGUGCCUCUGACGCCUCAUCCCUCCGGCCUGCAACCUCCUUCCAUCCCACCAAUCAGCAGCAGUGCAGGACUGUUGGCGCUUUCCAGUGCCCUUUCUGGACAGUCUCAUCUUCCGAUUAAGGAUGAAAAAAAGCACCACGACAGCGACCAUCAAAGAGACAGAGAUUCUAUUAAGAGCUCCUCUGUGUCACCGUCUGCAAGUUUCAGAGCAGCAGAGAAGCACAGAAAUUCUGCAGACUAUUCUUCAGAAAGCAAAAAGCAGAAGACUGAAGAAAAAGAAAUAGCCGCCCGUUACGACAGUGAUGGUGAAAAGAGUGAUGACAACCUGGUGGUGGAUGUUUCCAAUGAGGACCCCUCUUCUCCCAGAGGGAGCCCAGCACAUUCUCCCAGGGAAAAUGGUUUGGACAAGGCUCGACUUUUAAAGAAAGACCCUCCAAUAAGUCCAGCAUCCAUUGCAUCCUCGAGCAGUACUCCCUCAUCAAAGUCCAAAGAACACAGCCUGAAUGAGAAAUCCACAACUCCUGUUUCUAAAUCUAACACGCCUACUCCGCGAAGUGAUGCGCCCACACCUGGCAGCAAUUCGUCUGGACUGCGGCCUGUUCCUGGCAAGCCACCAGGUGUCGAUCAAUUAACUGGCCUUAGGACACCCAUGGCAGUCCCAUGUCCUUAUCCAACACCAUUUGGAAUAGUGCCACAUGCUGGUAUGAAUGGGGAGCUGACAAGUCCAGGAGCAGCUUAUGCCAGUCUUCACAACAUCUCUCCACAGAUGAGUGCCGCAGCUGCAGCAGCCGCUGCAGCCGCAGCUUAUGGACGAUCCCCAGUGGUUGGCUUUGAUCCACAUCAUCAUAUGCGGGUUCCAGGAAUGCCUCCAAAUCUGACAGGCAUCCCAGGCGGGAAACCAGCGUACUCAUUCCAUGUAAGUGCCGAUGGGCAGAUGCAGCCUGUCCCAUUCCCUCCCGAUGCUCUUAUUGGCCCAGGAAUUCCUCGACAUGCACGGCAAAUUAACACAUUAAAUCAUGGGGAGGUGGUCUGUGCUGUAACAAUCAGCAACCCCACAAGACACGUUUACACUGGUGGAAAGGGAUGCGUCAAGGUGUGGGACAUUAGUCACCCUGGAAAUAAAAGCCCUGUUUCUCAGCUGGACUGCUUGAACAGAGAUAACUACAUCCGCUCCUGCAGAUUACUCCCCGAUGGGCGCACUCUCAUUGUCGGAGGGGAAGCCAGCACGUUAUCCAUAUGGGACCUGGCAGCUCCCACCCCGCGUAUAAAAGCAGAGCUGACAUCAUCUGCUCCUGCCUGCUAUGCUCUGGCUAUCAGCCCUGACUCCAAGGUCUGCUUCUCCUGCUGUAGUGAUGGCAACAUUGCAGUGUGGGACUUGCACAAUCAGACUCUUGUAAGGCAAUUCCAGGGCCACACAGAUGGAGCCAGCUGUAUUGACAUUUCUAAUGAUGGUACCAAGCUUUGGACAGGAGGUUUGGACAACACAGUGCGAUCCUGGGACUUGCGUGAGGGACGACAGCUACAACAACAUGACUUCACAUCACAGAUCUUCUCCCUGGGAUACUGUCCAACUGGUGAAUGGCUGGCAGUGGGCAUGGAGAACAGUAACGUGGAGGUGUUGCAUGUCACCAAGCCAGAUAAAUACCAGCUACAUCUUCAUGAAAGUUGUGUACUCUCCCUCAAGUUUGCUCAUGGUGGUAAAUGGUUUGUGAGCACUGGAAAGGACAACCUUCUCAAUGCCUGGAGAACACCUUAUGGAGCCAGUAUAUUCCAGUCCAAAGAAUCUUCAUCUGUGCUGUGAGCUGCGACAUCUUCUGCAGAUGAUAAAUACAUUGUCACUGGAUCAGGGGACAAGAAGGCUACAGUGUAUGAAGUUAUUUAUUAGAAUCAAAUUCAGACUGCCAUCAGGAUGCUUUCUAGUAGCACUUUUCUGUAACAUCACAUCUUUUUGGAACCAAGGACCUGAUCUACCCACCAUACAAAGUUCCUGCUCUCUUUCUUUGCCAAAUGCGUUGCUCAGUUUCCGAUCUUGUUGUAAAUACUUCUACUAGAAACUUGAAACCAAAUCUUCGCAUUAAUGUGUGGAAGACACACAGGAAGAGUAUACUUAUUCAUUGGGCUAAAAUUCUUGGAUUCUGUAUUAUAGUUGUAACAUAUUUAUUUUGUGUAAAGAAGACUUUCUAAAAUAUGAAUGGACUUUAGUAAAGUGGCCCAUCCUGGCUGCAAAAAUGAAGACAGACCUACACCCCGAGUAAUUCAGCAUUUUCCCUCCUGGAUAGUUUACAGCAUGGCCAUUUUCCACAGAAAUUUUGUUGUACUCUUGUCAUUACUGGUUUACAAAUGAGGCACCAGAGGAGUCUCAGAAGGAUCAUCCUCACCACUGUUCCACCACCAGAUGAUAUAUACGGAGAUGCAAGUGAAUGUAACACUUCCAUGGAGGGGAUCUUCAUUUCAGGCCUUCUCGUCCAAUAUUAGAGACACACUGAGCCACCAUGCCUCAGACAAUAUUUUAACUUUUUAUGUCAUUGUUGCUGUUUAAUAUGUGAUUCUUUUUGUACUUUUACUUUUGUUAUUUUAAAUGCUUUAAAAUUCUUAAAGUCUGUGGAUCUGCUGAUGUACAGUGCCUUUGCUGCUAUGGAUCAAAAUCAAAAGGACAUUGUAGAUAAAUUUUACCGUAUACGUAGAAAUGAGUUUAUUUCCUACUAGAAAUGAAUCAAUACUGAAAAGUCGGACUGUUCUACUGAACUUGCAAAAUGUGGUAGCAAAAAAAAUGGUGUUUUCAGUACACAGUGUUUGAUGUCAUUAACAGUUUCGUAAUAAUCUACAGUGUAGAAAGAUUUUGAUACUAAAUUGUGUCAUUGUACAUAAUUAUAUUACAUUGUUGACCACAAGUACAUAUAUUAUACUAGAUUGUUUGUGCAUUCAGACUUUUAAGCAUUAAACUUAAGUAACUUCUAAUA